AUUUUGCACGCGCUCAUUGGCUGGCUAAUAGGCCCAUCGCAGAGGAGUAGCGCCCCUUAACGCGCCACUGUCAGUCGGUAGUCACCAGCUCCUAAUAAAAUAAGGGUAUUCCUUUUUUUCGGCACUGCUGUGGGACAGUUCGUCGGUCUUUACUUUUUGAAUGAAAAACAAAAACAAAAUGGACUUUCAGGGAUCGCAGUUGUUGAGCGCUAAAAACUUGUCUAAAACAUGGAGUUUCAUUCUGACCCUUGUGACGCUGCUGUGGGUAGUUGGUCAGAAAAAUUUAGUUGUUCGCGCUUCGGUGAUAGACAGUGGACGAACGGGUGAUCCUGUGAGGCAAGGUGCGUUUAAAGGUGAUAGUGUCAGUGAUCAUUCUAAUGGACUCCGUGGCGAGAAACAUGGCGGCUCCGACCGAACAGGAAGACCCGGUCAGCUCGGUGGGCGUGACCGGUGGGCUACGACCAGUCAAAGGACACAAGGUAAAUCAACUUUUACCAUUAAAGAAUCGGCAGACAGAAAUGAAGACUUUGCUAGGACUUGGUUAGAAGGGAGGUUGUCUCACAGUGAGGACAAUCGAGUUAAUGAUCGAGGUGAGGAAGAGGAGACGGUGUCCAGUGAUGGGAAAAGGUCCUGGUUUCAAUCGUGGAGCGGAAAGCGCCGCCGAAAUCUUGGUCCCGUUGAUACCACCAACAAAGGGACUGCUGAACGAGGUCUUAAAAGGCUCGGGUUGAAAGAAGUUCCCGAUAAUGAAGACGGAAUUGCUAAAUUUACCAGUGAGAACAUUAUAGGUCCUACAAAAAUAUUAAACUCUGCCCAGCAAUUUAGGGGUGAAAGUUGGUCGCCGGGACCAGAUUCGGUGCAGGGGCCAUUACAGAAUGACGGGAAGAUCUCGCGAGAAGCCUCGGACGAGAAUUGGGAAAGUUUAGCCCGUUAUCAAUCGCAUAUCAAUCAAAUCUACGAUUACCUAAAUAGCCAGGGAGGAAGGCAGUCAACCAUCGGUGACUCAAAAUAUUUUUCACUAAUUCCUUACUUUUACAAUGUGCCAAACUUGCAGACGGCACAAGAUAAGAACAUUCCAGACCAGGGAAACGUCUUCUCAAAUUCGGAUAGCGAUUCCCAAUUUAAUGUGAACCAAAAGAAAUCGGCACAGGGAGAAACACCUGAAUCAGACUGGAGUUCAAGUCGUCAGAGAUGGAUGUCGCAUAAAAUGAAGCAACCAGAUUCAUACCUGCCGGACAGUGACAACUUGGCGCCACGUCUGACUGCAUUCAAUGACCUUAAAUUCAAGAACUCGACGAUGCGUGAGUGGAUGGCCAGAGAGAAUGGCCGAGGGGUCCUUUUAAACGCCUUCAAAUCUUUAUACCAUCAGAUGCCGAAUGCUCCUGGCGGGCAAAUAAAAUUUAACGAGAAAAAGACACUAGCCAAAAAUGUGAACACUGAGAAGGCAGGAAGACGCUCCCAAUCAAAGGGACCGAAACCAUCCUCUUACUCGACGCACAGGAAGCGACCCGCCUUCCAUUCCUGGGGUGGUAAAAAACGGAACACUGGAUACAGUUAUUGGUCUUCAAAUGUCCCUGGUUUAGAUCAAAAUGUUCAACCCACUAAUACGAGAUUUGUACUCAAAGAACUGCCAUCGAGAAACGAGCGAAGUAUUCUAUCUUUCAAAGUGAAACGCAGUCAGGGUCAUACUAACCCCGAAGACUCCGUUGCAAAUCUUGAAACAGGACAGACGCAUCAUGGAGAUCAAUUUGAAAAUCUAGGAUCAGAUCGGCCAAGAAACAAUUUGAACAGUGGGGAAAGUGACAGACCUACAACAAUCACUGGCAGUUCACCGGCUCCGCUAAUGUCUCAUCGAAAUGUAUUGAAAAACAACAGCGAACCCUUCAAGAGCAUCGAUAAUAAACCAGAUAGAAAAGUAAGUGGGGGUGAUGACAAAUUAGAGCGCAGGUCAACAGAAAAUGACCCACUUAGAAAUAGAAGGCAGUCAAACUCUUUGAAACUGCUGCAAGCAGGCGAUAGAGCCGUUGUUAAGACGGAGCUGACCCAGGUCAAAACAAACUUUGACCAUGUCAGGACAGCGAGAAGUAAUCCUACAAACGGCAAAAUCUCUCGGCGACUUACACUGACACACAAGCAAGAGGAAAGAAGAUCACCGUCGGAUGUGUCUCUGAUCAAGCGCGGUAAACGAGAAGCAAUACACGCAGAGUUAUCCCCUUCAAAUCUAAGGGACGUUAAUUUUAUGAACGAGUUAAAACAAAAUGGUGGAGGUAACGCAGUUCCGGUAGACGUCACUCUUUUGGACGCUGAUGAAACUUCUUCUCCAAAUGAACCGUCAUUUCCAAUGUUUGGAAUGUAUCCCUACACAAAACUGGGAGAAAUAUUGGGGCAGACUGGUCGGCAAGCGGUAGAGAAACCGUCUCUUUAUACGUGGUGGGAGAAAAGGGACAUUUUAGGAGACGUGGAAAAACGACCUUCUUUUCACUCGUGGUCUGGAAAACGUAAUGUUAUUGGUGAGCUCGAAAAGAGAGCUUCAUUUCAUUCGUGGUCAGGAAAACGGGACAGUGUCGGACAGCUAGAAAAAAGACCUUCAUUUCAUUCGUGGUCGGGAAAACGAGAUAAUGUCGGAGAAAGAGAAAAGAGACCUUCGUUUAGUUCAUGGUCUGGAAAACGUGAUAAUAUUGGUGAAUUAGAAAAGAGACCUUCUUUUCAUUCAUGGUCAGGAAAACGGGACAGUUUUGAAGAGCUAGAAAAGAGACCUUCCUUUCAUUCGUGGUCGGGGAAACGAGAUAGUUCCGAAGAGUUAGAAAAGAGACCUUCGUUUCAUUCGUGGUCGGGAAAACGGGACAGUUUUGGAGCGUUAGAAAAGAGACCUUCUUUUCAUUCAUGGCCAGGAAAACGUGAUGCCAUUGGUGAGUUAGAAAAGAGACCUUCCUUUCAUUCAUGGUCAGGAAAACGGGACAGUUUCGUUGAGUUAGAAAAGAGACCGUCUUUUCAUUCAUGGUCGGGAAAACGAGACAGUGCCGAAGAGUUAGAAAAGAGACCUUCCUUUCAUUCGUGGUCGGGAAAACGAGACAGUGUCGAAGAGUUAGAAAAGAGACCUUCCUUUCAUUCGUGGUCGGGAAAACGUGACAGUUUUGGAGCUUUAGAAAAGAGACCUUCCUUUCAUUCAUGGUCAGGAAAACGUGAUGCGAUUGGUGAGUUAGAAAAGAGACCUUCCUUUCAUUCAUGGUCAGGAAAACGUGAUGCCAUUGGUGAGUUAGAAAAGAGACCUUCCUUUCAUUCAUGGUCAGGAAAACGUGAUGCGAUUGGUGAGUUAGAAAAGAGACCUUCCUUUCAUUCAUGGUCAGGAAAACGUGAUGCGAUUGGUGAGUUAGAAAAGAGACCUUCCUUUCAUUCAUGGUCGGGAAAACGUGAUGCCAUUGGUGAGUUAGAAAAGAGACCUUCAUUUCAUUCAUGGUCAGGAAAACGUGAUGCCAUUGGUGAGUUAGAAAAGAGACCUUCAUUUAAUUCAUGGUCGGGAAAACGUGAUGCCAUUGGUGAGUUAGAAAAGAGACCUUAUUUUCAUUCAUGGUCAGGAAAACGUGAAGCCAUUGGUGAGUUAGAAAAGAGACCUUCAUUUCAUUCAUGGUCAGGGAAACGGUCGUCGCCCGACAACCUUGAAACUGAUGCCCCGUCCGAGUCAGUCACUCGGAAUCAGCUGUCCAACACAUGGAAACACUUACCACGGAUGGAAGAAACAGACCCAGUGAUCCCGGGAGAUAAUUCCUUUCGCGAUACGUUACCGGGAAAUGACGAUUCCGACUAUUUUUUAAAGAUCUCAUCUUUGAAUGUGUUUCCUGAGAAGUGGGAUUCACCACAGUAUGAACAAGAAACAUGAGUGACAUCCACGUGAGUGACAUCCACAUAAGUGACAUCCACAUGAGUGACAUCCAUAUGAGUGACAUUCCCAUGAGUGACAUCCACAUGAGUGCCAUUUGCAUGAGUAGUAAAGGUGGCUAAAUAAAGGGAAUUAUUCUUGACUUUAGACCGAAUCACUGAUAGACAAACACAAACAACAUUUAAAUUUACUUGACCAAAUCUUUAGGCAGUGGUGUGUUCCAAACUAUGUAGCUUUUGUUCCAAAUUGGUUUUAAACUUUGUUGAAUUUUCAUGUCAUUAAGAAAACUUCUGCU